AUGAGAACUUCUAGCUCUAAUGAGGCUCCAAUAGGAGAGCGUUUUAUCGUAUCACCUCGUAUAUCAGCCCAAGAUAACAAAAUUGGUCGAAUAAUGCUGAGUAUCCUGCCCGUAAUAUAUGUCUUGAUCAUUAUACUUUCCUUGUACUGCAUUUAUACUAUUUACCAUUUGGUUCCACUAAUUUUAUAUAAUCCGAAAGUAGGAAUACCAGAAGUAGUAAUCUUUAAUACACUAGCUUGUAUGGUAUUGAUAUGCUUUGGUCUAAGUAUAGCUACACCUCCAGGUGGUGUUCCAGACGAUCCAAAAUGGAAAUUUACAAGUAAUGAGAUUAAUACUACAAAUAGUAUACCAUAUAAUCUAAAAGAAAUAAAGAGUACGGGGGAAAGACGCUAUUGUAAAUGGUGCGCAAAAUAUAAACCUGAUAGGACUCACCAUUGUAGGGUUUGUCGCACUUGCAUAUUAAAAAUGGACCACCACUGCCCUUGGAUAUAUAACUGUGUGGGUUGGAAGAAUCACAAAUAUCUCUUAUUAUUAAUUUUAUAUUCUUUAUUAACCAGUUUAUUUCUCACUUGUACUCUUGCACCAACACUAAGCCAUACUAUAAAGUCUAGUAUUGUGAAAUUUGGGGACAUUGUUGCUUUGCUUUUAGCAGAAGUUUUAGCUGCAUUUUUAUCUGUAUUAUUACUAUGCUUCUUUAUAUUUCACAUGUGGCUAGUUCUUAACGGAAUGACAACCAUUGAGUUCUGUGAAAAGUCACAUUCUAAUUCAGCUACUAGGCAAUGGUACAAGGGUCACUACAAUUCGUUUACAGAAGUAUUUGGGGAAAAUCCACUUUUGUGGUUUCUACCAAUUAAUAAUGUAAAGGGAGAUGGGACAAAUUUUGAUAGUAAUGAAGAAGACGUUGAUACAACUUCCAUUAUUGUGAGUGAUCUUAUUCAAGAAAGUAUAGAUAAGAAUAAACCUAGCUCAGGUGAUGAAAGAAGCUAUUUACUUAAGAAUCAGCAAGAUCCAGAAAGGACAAGUCCAGUUCUAUAA